UCUCUUUCAUCUUAUAAAUCCAGAAAUUACAUGACAUUUCAAAUACAAAUAUUGCAAUACAAAAUCUUACAGGUCGCUAGAGCGUUUCACAUUUCGUUUAAUGAAAGAAAGAAAACGAAUUUUAUCGUAUUCCCGUGUUAUUUUCAAUUGAUUUCUCAUGUCAAUUUGUUGUCGAAUUGAAGUAAAGACUGCAUAACCAAAACGAUAGUGAAAAUGAGUGGAUGAAGAAAAAAGUAUUUAGCAUAUAGUUUUUGUUGUGGUUCAUCAUUAAAAACACUUAAAACUGAUAAGUGACUGUUUUGUUUUAUCAACAACGACCAAAUACGCAAGUGAUUGCAUUCGGCGGUGAAUUCAUUUGCAUCAAUUGAAUAUUCUAUCAUGCCAGAUAUAAAAGUGACGCCACUUGGAGCCGGCCAAGAUGUCGGACGCAGUUGUUUGCUAUUGUCAAUGGGUGGUAAAAAUAUAAUGUUGGAUUGUGGUAUGCACAUGGGCUAUAAUGAUGAACGACGUUUUCCUGAUUUUUCAUACAUUGUGCCAGAAGGUCCGAUCACCGGCAGUAUUGAUUGUGUCAUUAUUUCACAUUUUCACUUGGAUCAUUGUGGUGCAUUGCCGUACAUGUCAGAAAUGGUUGGUUAUACUGGACCAAUUUAUAUGACACAUCCAACAAAAGCAAUUGCACCCAUUUUGCUUGAGGAUAUGCGUAAAAUAGCGGUCGAACGUAAAGGUGAAUCAAACUUUUUUACCACACAAAUGAUCAAAGAUUGCAUGAAAAAGGUGAUCGCUGUCACACUGCAUCAGAGUGUAAUGGUUGACAAUGAUAUCGAGAUAAAAGCAUAUUAUGCCGGUCAUGUGUUGGGUGCGGCCAUGUUUUGGAUUCGAGUUGGUACACAAUCUGUUGUCUAUACAGGUGAUUACAAUAUGACACCCGAUCGUCAUUUGGGAGCUGCAUGGAUUGACAAAUGUAAACCAGAUCUAUUGAUUACCGAGAGCACAUAUGCAACAACAAUUCGUGAUUCGAAACGUUGUCGAGAACGUGAUUUCUUGAAAAAAGUGCACGAAUGUGUGGCCAAAGGUGGUAAAGUAUUGAUUCCGGUAUUUGCAUUGGGUCGAGCUCAAGAAUUGUGUAUUUUAUUGGAAACAUACUGGGAUCGCAUGAAUUUAAAGUAUCCGAUUUAUUUUGCUGUUGGACUCACGGAAAAGGCAAACAACUAUUACAAAAUGUUUAUCACAUGGACAAAUCAAAAGAUUCGCAAAACAUUUGUGCAACGCAAUAUGUUUGAUUUCAAACACAUUAAACCAUUCGACAAAGGUUAUAUUGAUAAUCCCGGUGCAAUGGUGGUAUUUGCAACGCCUGGCAUGCUGCAUGCCGGUCUUUCAUUACAAAUUUUCAAAAAAUGGGCACCAUACGAACAAAACAUGGUCAUAAUGCCGGGCUACUGUGUUCAAGGUACCGUCGGUCAUAAGAUUUUGAACGGAGCGAAAAAAGUGGAAUUUGAAAAUCGUCAAAUGGUUGAUGUUAAAAUGUCAGUUGAAUACAUGAGCUUCAGUGCACAUGCCGAUGCAAAAGGAAUUAUGCAAUUGAUUCAAUAUUGCGAACCGAAAAAUGUAAUGCUUGUACAUGGUGAAGCCGCCAAAAUGGAAUUUCUUACCAAAAAGAUCAAAGAAGAAUUCUCGAUUGAUUGUUUUAUGCCAGCAAAUGGCGAGACGUGUCGUAUUAAUACACCCGUUAAAAUUCCGGUCGACGCAUCAUUAUCAUUGCUCAAAGCUGAAGCCCGCGCAUACAAUGCACAACCACCAGAUCCAAAACGAAGUCGACUACUGCACGGUGUGUUGGUUAUGAAAGACAAUCGUGUUUCGCUCAUGGAACUCAACGAAGUAUGCAAAGAGGUUGGACUUAACAGACACAUAUUUCGAUUUACAUCAAAAAUUAAAAUCGAUGAUCCAGGACCUUCAACCAGCACUAGUAAAAGACUAUACGCAUUGUUACAGGAGAAAUUGACUGGAUGGACAGUUACAAUGUCCGAUAAAUGUGAAAUAGCUGUUGCAUCCGUACAGCUUGUCGUUGAAUCCGAUCCAAAGGGAGUUCACAAAAAUAUUCUACUCUCGUGGAAUAAUCAAGACGAAGAUUUGGGAUCCUACAUUCUCAAUUUACUACAAAGCAUGGGCUAGCAUCCAUUUACUCUGUCCGUUUAUUGCAUUUAAUUUUUUUUUCUACACACAAUUUAACAAUUGUUACAUUCUAGAGACUUGAAAUUUGUUUUUUUUUUCGAAAUCAAGAGAAUUAAAUA